AAUUCUGUUUCCUUUACGCACAAAGCUCACUUUUUUUUACUCUCAUUGACUUCUGCAUCAUGUCUGUUUUAUCAGUCUUGUGUUCCUCCCCACCCAUGAAACCUACUUCCUCCUUGCACGUGUGCAAAGGCAAACCUCCCUCCUCCUACUUGUUUCUUCCCCUUUUUUGUACUUCGUCUCAUCCUUUCUCCACACUCCCUGCUGACAUUUCAACUGUGGCUGUCCACGGCAAAUCAUCUUAUCUCAGAGCAAAGACUAAUCAGAUAGAACACAGGAAGAAAAACACCCUGCACUGUCUAGCUAUUGUAUUGGCUGAUAAUUGUCUAGUGCAGUUAUUUUCUGAGAGUGCCAUGUGGUACUGUAGUGGUUUUGGCUGCGUGUCAGCAGCUCUGAAGAGUCUCCUCUGAAGCUCGUGCUCUGACCCUCCCGGAUGAACGUUUCCAAACCUGAAACAGCUCUGGAAUGUGUCUGAAACUCUUUGCCCAGUGGACAGCGUUCUUUUACAGUCAAGACACACCUCUUCCCAAAAACAACAGGUGAGUUUCUAUCCAUCAAAGUGACAGAUCAACAACAGAAAAAUGAACGUCACAGUCACAUCACCAGCGACAACCACAAACUCCACUAUGUGUGUCAACAUCGACGACAAGAGCCCCAUCAGUGACUUACUGAUGUCUGUUUACAUCCUGGCUUUUAUUUUAGGGUUGAUCUUCAAUGUACUGACUCUGGGCCCUAUUUGGCAACAAGUGCGGCGGCAAAACAUUUUGGGCAUCUUCCUGCUCAACCUGUCGCUGUCCGACAUGCUUUUCCUCUUCACUAUGCCCCUUUGGAUCAAUUAUUACCGGCAGGACCACCACUGGAAGCUAGGUGUUCUGUCCUGCAGUGUAGCUGGCUUCUUCUACUACUCCAACAUGUACAUCAGCAUCUUCUUGCUCUGCUGCAUCUCUGUGGACCGCUGCCUGGUGGUCACGUACCCGCUCCGCUCCAAGACCCACCGUACAUCACGCUACGCCUGGGCACAGUGCGUCACUGUCUACGUUGUAGUGGUGGUGCUGCACAUCAUGGUGCUGUUCUAUGACAAUCUCAAAGAUGCUCAUGAUGACGUGAAAGGCAACGACCGUUGUUAUGAGACUUACCCCAUGCAAAAACCCGUCGCCUUGUUCAACCUGAUCAGAGUUGGCAUCGGCUUCCUGCUGCCCCUGCUGGUGUUGGCGGUGAGCUACUGGAGGGUGCUGGCCACUGUGGGCCAGAGUCCCGGCCUGAGUGCCCAGGCCAAGAGGAAGGUCCGCCUGCUGUCCUAUGGGGUGAUUGGGAUUUUCUCCAUUUGCUUCGCUCCAUAUCACUUUCUCCUGCUCAUACGCUCACUGGUCUUCUAUCACAGCGACAACACAACUUCUGGAGGAAACUACUGCGCGUUUGAACAAAAUAUGCACUUCUCCUUCUCAUGCACACUGGCGCUGUCCAGUCUGAACUGUGUGGUGGACCCUGUGCUGUAUGUGCUGGUCAGUAACGGGGUCCAGGAGGAGGUGAAACUGUGCUGGAGGAGGCAUAGAACGACACAGACAGAGGAUUGUGCGCUGACUUCAUACCACAGAGGAAAGCCAAAUAGUAAUAAUUUAAUAUGAAACGUUAAGCAGUACAUGAAUGGACACGUAUUCAUAUAUGUUUGUGUGUGUGUGUGUGUGUGUGUGUGUGUGUGUGUGUGUGUGUGUGCAUAAACGUGUUUAUGCAUAAUACUGUAGCUGUUUAAAUGCAUUUCUGCAUCUCCAGCGUUAGCGAGUAAGUAGCAGGAUUAUUUACAUCCCAUAAUCAAGGCUUUGUCAACAUACACAUUCCCAUCUUUGUCUGUUUUCCUCCCUCAUAUCCUGCACAGUGUGGAGGAGGGGCUCGAAUAACACGCAUAGCUCUUAUGAGAUUGUAGUCCCAGGUUCUGCUCUCCCAAGAGUUCUUCAGUGGCAGCCACUUCUGGUUUGUGUAUGUACACCACUGGAGUUGAAGAGCCCUUGUGUUCUCCUUCCAAGCUAUAUAAGGAUGUUGUGAUUGUUAUUGUGUGACCAUGGAAUAGAAAAAAGUGUGUUAACUCUAAAGCAUGCCAUGAAAAGCAUUUAUUAGCAUGACCAUGUGUCCUCAGUGUCUCACCGUCAGUUAAACAUGAAUUUCCCUGAGGGGAUAAAUAAAGUAUCUAUUUAUCUAUCUAUCUAUCUAUCUAUCUAUCUAUCUAUCUAUCUAUCUAUCUAUCUAUCUAUCUAUCUAUCUAUCUAUCUAUCUAUCUAAACAUGUUCAGUGUAAGUUCAAAUAAACCAGUGGUUCGAUCAGG